AUGACAAUCUACUCAUUGACAAUGAAGAAAACUACGGUGGAGCGUUCUCCAAUAUCCGCCACCAAGCUGCCCAAUUCACCUAUCCAGUUCCGCGACAUCGUUUCCUAUUUCAUCCUCUUUGGUUUAGGCUUGGGCAUAGGGAUCACUCUCAGCUUCUUCUAUUUCAAAGAUGGCUCCAUGGAUUUCCAACUCAAUCAACUCUCCGUCUUCCGUGAUUCCGUUCCGCCACUGUCUACGACUCUCCCUGCCGUUCCCUCGAACAUCCAUAUCACGAGCAGAAUGCAGGAUGCCGUUGUUCAACCAGCUUCUCCGGUGGCAAAACAUCAUACUCCUUCGCCACCGAUUAAAAAGAUGAAGAGGAAACGCAGGUAUUGCGUGAAGGAACUGUUUGAAUCGCCGGGGACUAGGCACAACAUGACGGACGAGGAGUUGUUUUGGAGGGCAUCGUUUGUUCCAAAAAUUCCAGAAUUUCCGGAUAGACGAAUCCAGAAAGUGGCGUUUAUGUUCUUGACGAGAGGAAGAGUGUUGUUAGCUCCACUUUGGGAGAAAUUCUUUAGAGGACAUGAAGGCUUGUAUUCCAUCUACGUUCAUUCUGAUCCUUCCUUCGUUGAAUUAAUGCCAAAGUCUUCGGUUUUUCACGGUCGCUGGAUUCCUAGUAAGAUAGCUAGAUGGGGAGAAAUGAAUAUGGUGGAAGCGGAACGCCGUCUGUUAGCAAACGCAUUGCUCGACGUCACCAACGAACGUUUUGUUCUUCUUUCGGAAUCAUGUAUCCCUCUCUUCAAUUUCUCUACCGUUUACGAUUAUCUCAUCCGCUCAAACAAAUCCUUCGUCGAGUCAUACGACUUACCAAGUCCCGUCGGCCGUGGCAGAUACAACAACAACAUGGCUCCGUUGAUCUAUCUGGAGCAAUGGAGAAAAGGCUCUCAAUGGUUUCAGAUCGAUCGGUUUCUUGCGGUCGAAGUAAUCACCGACAAAACAUAUUUCCCCAUUUUCUGGCUGUAUUGCAAGAACGAAUGUUACGGGGACGAGCAUUACUUACCAACAUUUGUGGACAUGAAGUUUCCCGAUCGAAUUGCGUAUAAAACAUUGACGUACGUGGAUUGGUCCAAGGGAGGUCCUCAUCCAAAUAGGUUCCGUGGAGAGGACGUAACAGAAGAGUUUUUGAACAACGUAAGAAGCUCCACACAGUGCUAUUAUAAUGGAAGAAUAGUGGACGUUUGCUACUUAUUUGCUAGGAAAUUCUCACCAAGUACUUUAAACAAGUUGUUGAGACUUUCAUCACUUGUCAUGCACUUUUAG